AUGAUCCUGGCUUCUCUCCAGACCCAGCUGGAUCUGGAGUCGGGGUCUGACGAGGGGGACCCCACGGACCUCCUGCUCUUCUGUGGACACCCGGAGCCCCUGCCCGCCAGCGCCCCUGCGUUCAGCGAGGUGACCCCGAGAGUCCAGCCUGCGUCGCGGCCGGGGGGGCGCAGGCCGGUGUUUGAUGACCCCGCGGUGGUCCGCACGGUGGAGGGGCGCCCCAGUCUGCAGAGUCUGGACAGCGCCAUCGUCGACAGCAGCGUCAGCUCAGCCUGGGGGAGUCUGGACCCCGACUCGCCAGACACCCCUCUCUGGCUGCUGUCCCCCCAAGAGACUCCCCACUCAUCCCAGAGCUCCAUCCUGCAGGACAAGGCCAUCAUCAGAGUGAUUGACAGGCCCAGCCCUGCCAGGAUCCCGCCCACAACACUGGACUUCCUGUCUCCAGCGCCACGGUGCUUUACAGCGGGGUCCCCCUCCGUGAAGAGGGGUCCCCCCAGCCGGGGGUCCCCCCAGUCGUAUGGGCCACGCUACCUGUCCCAGGUGAGGUGUGGGGUAGCCCUGGGUCGAGGUGGGGGGGUGUGUGUGUGUGUGUUCGUGCACAUUGAGGGCUCUCUGGGUCAGGUCGCUGUCUCCACCUGCUUCUCUCCCCGACGAGCGAUCGAUGCCGUCCACGCACACACCUCGGAGGAGGAGCAGAAGGACACUCGUCAACAGCGCCUCUCUGUCCUGCACUCCAUCGAGCAGAUGUACAUGAUGCUGCUGGAGGUAGAGGAGGGGGAGAGGAAGGCGGCUCUCUUCUCCGAGGAGGAGAGACAGAGGCUGAGGGACAAGAGGACACUCCGGGUCCAGAAGAUCUGUGGGAGGCUGCAGCGCCCCCUGUCGGUGGAGUCCCGGGACGAGUUCCUGCCCUACCUGCUCGUCGCCAAGGGCAAGCGACUGGUGGCCAGACUCCUCCCCUUCCUGUCCCAUGAGUCUGCGCUGCAGAUACUGACCGCCGUGACCACACACCUUCCUGUGUUGAUGGCCCGCGACACCCCUGGAGUGGAUGAGGUGCAGUGUCCAGUCAGUGUGUGUGUGUAUUAACCCCUCUC